GAGACUGAAAGGUUGCAGUUCUGUGGAAAUCACGUUAAAUUUUGUUUUGCCAAGUUUAUGUUUGUGCUCGUCGCGAGGUAGGGUUGUGGGAAUUAGUUCUGGGCCAGGAUGGAAGACGAUAAAAUUACGAAUUUGAAGGACUUGGUAGACCGGCUGACGUUUGGCGUAACCAGGAUACUGGAAAGUCGACCUGGUGUGACAGAAGUUAGAUAUGUAGAAAAGGACCCAGCAGAACGUCAUAUGAUUGUAUCAUGGGAACAGAAGUACUGUUGUUCACUCCCAGAGGAUCUAAGGAACUUUUAUCUAAUGACUGAUGGUUUUUUGAUGACCUGGAGUAUCAAAUUUGAUGGCAGCAACAUGCAAUUGGGAACAAUGUUAAUCAACAGUGUUUCAGCACUCUGUCGACUGGGCACAACAUCCAUUUACAGCUUGCCAAAUGCUGCCACUUUGGCAGACCUAGAAAGUGACACAGAGGAUGAAGAUAAAGAAGAACCUUUCAAGAAACCACAUUUUAAUUCACAAUGUCGGAUUUUUGAGUUGGAUUCUUGUGAUGGAAAUGGGAAAGUUUGCCUUGUUUACAAAAACACCCAAUCAGGAGUUGUAUCUUCUUGUGCAGAAAUCUGGUUCCUGGAUAGAGCACUUUACUGGCAUUUUUUAACUGAUACAUUCACAGGCUACUAUCGACUUAUGCUCAUUCACUUGGGACUACCCCAAUGGCAGUAUGCACUAACAAAAUAUGGCAUUAGUCCUCAGGCUAAGCAAUGGUUCAAUAUGUACAAGCCUAUUGCCUACAAUUCCAAUGUGGUAACAGAUGACGACAUGGCUUUCAUUAAUAAGUUAGAUCCUAAUCAAGUGUUUAAGAACAAAAAUAAGCUUCAACCCGCAAGAAAAAAGACUUGUGUUCCGAUAGCUGGACCACAGAAGAGUCAGGCCAGUUUGGUCACGAACAAAAACUUAACUCAAAUGGGAAGUACUACUACCAAAAAAUGAUUCCUUAUUUUUUGUGCUAACAUCUGGAACAAUUGAUGCAGACAUUUGUCUGUUUUGUCAACUGAGUAUUUCUACUUAUGCUGCUGUCACAAAGAGGCAAGACAGACUGGAUGAAGAUACCGAAAGUAAUAUUGAUCCAGCUUCCUGCAAGUACAGAAAAGGUGGUGUAUGAAUGUUGUUGCCAUCAUGUACAUCAUGAUGCAAAUGCAUGGUUUGCAAAAUACAUUAUUAUGAUGAUGAAGGCUCUCACUGGUACAAUACGUGUUAAUAAUUACUAACCCACAGUUCUUUUAAGCUUGUUCAAGUUUGAAAUGCAAGUUUGAAAUUUAAAUGAAGUAUUCUAUGCAAAUGGAAUCUGUGGUAUUAUCUUUGUUAUACUCAAUCAGAUUUCAGUUGGUUAUGAAGCUACCUAUCUUAUGAAUAAAACAAUAAACAAUCUAGUGCAGGA